AUGCUGUCCAUCACCGCCCCCAAGUACACCAAACCCGACGGCUACGAGCUCACCCACGUUGCAAAGCCCGUCGUCUCACAGCCCUCCGACGUCCUCAUCAGGGUGCACGCGGCGAGCAUCAACCCCAUUGACCUCAGAAAGGUUGACGGCAUUUAUAAGAUGGCUCUCCAAGACACGUUCCCAUACAAGAUUGGCUACGACGCCGCCGGCGUGGUGGAGGAGGUCGGCAGCGGUGUCGCGUCGUUCAAGCCGGGCGACGAGGUCUACGUGCGCCUCCCAGAGGCCAGCAGAGGUGCGUGGGCAGAGUUCGCCUUGUGUCGCGAGCGCUUUGUCGCCCUCAAGCCCAAGAACUUGCCCUUUGACGAGGCCGCCUCGAUACCGCUGGCGGCCAUGACGGCGCUCCAGGCCCUGCGCGAGUACACGGGCUCGCUGGAGGGCAAGACAGUCUUUAUCCCCGCUGCGUUGAGUGGUACCGGCGCCUACGGCCUGCAGAUUGCCAAGCACCUCUUCAAGGUGGGAAGGUUGAUUACGACCGUGUCGACGAGCAAGGUGUCCAAGGUGCACCAGCUGCUCGGCAUCAACGUGGUUGACCAGAUCAUCGACUACACCAAGGACGACCCCGUUAAGGCGAUCCCGGCCGGGUCCGUCGACUUCAUCUUCGACACCACCGGCGACGCGACCAAGCUCCUGCCGCUCCUCGUCAAGGGCACCGGGCUGGUCGUGUCAGUCGCGACCACCCCGUCGGCCGCGACGCUGCAGAACUCGAGCGUCAUGGACGUGCCGGGGCGGCCCAGGGUGCCGCUCGCGGGCCGCCUCUUCCUCGACGCCACGGACCAGCUGCGCAAGCUCAAGGCGCGCUGCUACGGCGUCGAGUACAAGUUCCUCUCGCUGGACCCCAACGGCAAGGACCUCGCGGUGCUCCGGGACGCGGUGGAGCAGGGCCAGCUGCGGCCGGUGGUGGGCUGGCGCGUGGACUUCAAGGACAUUGACAAGGUGCGCGAGGCGUGCUGGCAGACGUACAACGGCAAGGGCGGCCUAGGCAAGACGGUGUUUGUGGUGAAGAAGGACAGCUAG